AUGGACGGAGGGUUGAGUACGGCGGCUGUCAUCGUUUUGGUUUUGGUUUUGAUUCUGUCUCUGACCUUUUUCUUUCUUCUGCCUCGUCGGAAACUACAGGAGAUCCAGGAAGCGACGGCCUCCGAGCCGCUCACGUUGGAGGAGGAAUAUGCCAUGCAGCGCAGCUGGCGUGACGACGGGGAUAAAUUGACCUUUAUUGUCUGUCGGCCACAUCAACACCACCACCACCACCACCACCGUCACGAUGAUGAAAGAGGGAAUGGUUGUUCCGUGCGAGAAGAAGGGGAGCUACAGACGCCCCGUGAAGGAAGAGGAGGAGGAGGAGAAGGGGAAGAAGAAGAAGCAGAAGAACCGUUCGAUCUUCAUCUCCAGCGCGAGGUGGACGCCAUGGUCGGCGACGUCAACCUCUUCAUCUCGACCGCCUCCACCGCCGAAGAUGGAUCCGAAGACGAAAACGAACACCAUCCCGGUUUCGGGCAGCACGUCGUCGUCGGAGAACUCGAGCUCAUGAUCGCCGAAGCCGCACACCAGGGCAGGGGCUAUGGUCGGGCGGCGGUGCUGGCGUUUCUGGAGUACAUCGCGCGCCACGAGGAUCAGAUCCUGGCCGAGUUCCAGCGAGAAGCGGUGGACGAAGAUGAUGACCACCACCACCAGCAUGACUCUAUUGCUCCCUCUCCUUCUCCCUCCACGGCCCCUGGCACACUACAACUCCGUCAUUUCGACCACAUCUGCGUCAAAAUCGGCGGCACGAACCUCCGCAGCAUGGCGCUCUUCGAGAGCCUCGCGUUCCGCAAGACAAGCGACGGCCCCAGCUACUUCGGAGAGUACGAGCUGCGGCUGUCGCGCGCAGGGCUGGAGGAUGUGCUUCUCGCCGCAUCGCACAACGACGGGGGGUUGCUCGAGGGGUAUUGCGAGGCUGGAGCGGAAUGCGGACGGACAGGAAACUAUUACAUUGUUGCCGCCGAUCCUUUUGAGAUCACCGGCAAAGCUACUUGA